CCGUAAUCAUUUGGAAGCUUUUCCAAAGGCGAUCAGUCAGUCGCCAUCCGCCAACAAGCUUAGACAUUUAAAAGGAAAAACUUAGUUAACAAUUUUACAUUGAGAUCGCUGCCAAGAUGCGUUCCCUUUGGCUGCUGCUCUGCUUGGGGCUGCUGGCUUUUAGCCAAGGCCAAGCCUCCUCGGAGGAUCUAGACGAUCUGUUGGACCUAGACCUGUCAGAAAUCGAUGAGAACGAGGAAGAGUUCUUGCGCCUGCUGGAGGAAAAGAACAAGAUCAAGGACGUGGAGCGGGAGAACGAGAUUGCCAGCAAGUUGGCCGAAGUCCAGCACAAUUUACUCAAUCCCGUUGUCGAGGUGGAUCUUUGUGAGACAAUGCCUUGCGGUGCCGGUCGUAUCUGCCAGAUGCACGACGACAAACCCAAGUGCGUGUGCAUCCCAGACUGUCCCACAGAGGUGGACACUCGUCGCCUCGUCUGCACCAACACCAAUGAGACCUGGCCGUCGGAUUGUUCCGUCUAUCAGCAGCGCUGCUGGUGCGAUAGCGGAGAACCCGGCUGUACCAACCCGGACAAUGCUCAUAUGCACAUCGAUUAUUAUGGUGCCUGCCACGAGCCUAGGACUUGCGAUGGCGAGGACCUGAAAGACUUCCCCAGGCGAAUGCGCGACUGGCUGUUCAACGUGAUGCGGGACCUGGCCGAGCGCGAUGAGCUGACUGAACAUUAUAUGCAGAUGGAGCUGGAGGCCGAGACUAACAACACACGUCGUUGGUCGAAUGCUGCUGUUUGGAAGUGGUGCGAUCUGGAUGGCGAUACUGAUCGCUCCGUGUCCCGUCACGAACUGUUCCCUAUCCGGGCUCCGCUCGUCAGCCUGGAACACUGCAUUGCCCCCUUCCUAGAGUCCUGCGACUCCAAUAACGAUCACCGCAUCACCCUGGUUGAAUGGGGCGCCUGCCUGGAGCUGGAUCCUGAGGACCUCCAUGAGAGAUGCGACGAUGUCCAGCGUGCUCAGCCACAUCUUUUGGGUUAACCAACCCCGCCAAAAGGUCAUUCUGCACUCAUGUAGAAUGCAAUAAGUAGUUACUACUUGCUUCCCUAAUCCAAAAAUGUCUACUUUAGCAAGUUUUUGUCUUAUGUGCUUGGUUUUUAAUGUAAUAAAUGAUAAAUUCUUUGAAAGUA